AUAAACACUCCAACCAAAAACCAACUCAAACUCAAUGUUGACUUUUUAAGUCACUUGGCUGACUUCCUCUUCCAAAUUCCCGGUUUCCCAUUGGAACCAUUAUCACAGCCAAGCACCCCUAAAUCUUCUAUUCAUUCGGCGAUACUUACAAUUUUUACCUUCAAAUCUUCAAUUUUGAAUCCAAUUGAUUUCUCUUAGACUCAAUUAAGCUUCAAAUUUCCCAAUAGCCCAAUACCCAACUGAAUUUCUCCCCAAAUCGGUGGAAUUGAUCCAUUCAUCUUCCAUGGAAUAAGAUCUUACAGGACUGGGAAAUGUUCAGAACUACAAAUUGAGCUUUAUUGAUUAAUACCCAUCUUCAAAAUUAUGAAAGAUUCUUGAUAAUUGUUACCGAUCUACUAGGGUUUGUUUAAUUCAAGAACCCCUUUAUUAGAUUUCAUCUUAAAAUUCCCAAAUUUUGCCUAUUUCAAUCAUCGUCAUCAUCAAAUUGAUCUUCUUGUUAGUGUUAAUUCUUGAAUACAACAAUGGCGGCACUACCAGAUUCAACCCCUCAACCAAGAUUUCCACCACCAUUAACAAUGUCACAGCGUCCUCAAAUGGCUGCUUCUUCUUCUUCUCCUCCACCUCCUCAGUUUCCUCCUACGUUUUCGCCUUCCGGAGCCUCACCUCCCCAUUUGAAGGCGAAUUCGAAUUCUCCACAACUAAGUACUCCUCCUGGACCGCCUGUAUUCACUUCCCCCUUGCGACCUGCUGCCGUGCCGUUUCGAACAUCACCCGCAUCUCCUCAACCAGUUGCAGUUGCAUUUCCCCCUACAAGUUUAGCUAGUCCUUCUCCUUCUUCUACUUUGCCUCCUUCUUCCCCUCCUAGUUAUUCUUCUCAUACUGCUUCUUUUGACCUCAAUUCUAUUUCCCCUCUCGAUUCUGUUGCUCCCCUUGUCCUCUUUUCUGCCCACAAGAUAUUGAAGCAGAAAAAGCAAGGAAAUGUGCCUAGUUUGGGGUUUGGAGCAUUGGUUUCUCCUGGGAGAGAAAUUACUCAGGGUCCUCACGUAAUACAGCGUGAUCCUCAUCGUUGUCAAAAUUGUGGGGCUUAUCCGAACCCAUGUUGUAACAUCUUACUUGUUUCAGGGAACUGGCAAUGUGUUGUUUGUCGUAGUUUGAAUGGGAGUGAUGGUGAAUAUGUAGCAUCAAACAAAGAAGAUCUUCGUAGCUUUCCAGAGUUAUCGUCUCAUGUGGUUGAUUAUGUUCAAACUGGUAGUCGAUUGUCGGGUUUUGUUCCUGUUUCAGAUUCUAGAACGUCUGCUCCCAUUGUGCUUGUCAUUGAUGAAUGUUUAGAUGAACCACACCUUCAGCAUCUGCAGAGUUCGUUGCACGCUUUUGUUGAUUCACUCCCCCAAACGACAAGAAUUGCAAUUGUUUCAUAUGGCCGAACUGUAUCUGUGUAUGAUUUUUCCGAGGAUUCUACUGCAUCUGCUGAUGUGCUUCCUGGGGAUAAGUCACCUAGUGAGGAAAAUUUAAGAGCAUUGAUUUAUGGAACUGGUGUAUACUUAUCUCCUGUGCAUGCUUCACUUCCUGUAGCUCAUACCAUCUUCUCUUCAUUCAGGCCCUUCAAGGCAAACAUUCCAGAGACCGCAAGAGAUCGCUGCUUAGGCACCGCUGUGGAAGUUGCCUUGGCGAUUAUUCAGGGGCCUUCCGCUGAUUUAUCCCGAGGGGUAGUUAAGAAACCAGGGGGCAAAAGUAGGAUAAUAGUAUGUGCUGGUGGACCUAACACAUUCGGUCCCGGAGCAGUUCCUCAUUCAUUUAAUCACCCAAACUAUCCUUAUCUUGAAAAAACUGCAUUGAAGUGGAUGGAUCAUUUGGGCCGUGAGGCUCAUAGACAGCAUACGGUUGUAGAUAUUUUGUGUGCUGGUACUUGUCCUGUCAGAGUUCCUGUUCUGCAACCCCUGGCUAGAUCCUCUGGUGGUGUUCUUAUUCUUCACGAUGACUUUGGCGAGGUGUUUGGUGUGAAUUUGCAAAGGGCGUCUGGUAGGGCAGCAGGUUCUCAUGGGUUGUUGGAGAUACGCGUACCUGACGAUAUUCUCAUUACUCAAGUUGUUGGCCCUGGCAAGGAAGCCCACUCGGAUUCACAUGAAAAUUUUAAGAAUGAUGCCUCUGCCUCAAUUAGGAUGCUAAGUGUGGAAGAAACACAAAGUUUUUCGGUUUUCAUGGAAACCAAACGAGAUAUCAAAUCUGAACAUGUAUUUUUCCAAUUCGCCGUGCAAUAUUCGAAUGCUUAUAUAGCUGAUAUCACUAGAGUCAUCACGGUAAGGCUGCCAACUGUCGAUAGUGUGUCAACCUAUCUUGACAAUGUUCAAGACGAUGUGGCUGCGGUACUUAUUGCCAAGAGAACUCUUCUGCGGGCGAAAUCUGCUUCUGAAGCAGUGCAGAUGCGUUUGACGAUUGAUGAAAGAGUGAAAGAUAUAGCUUUGAAGUUUGGUUCACAAGUCCCUAAAUCAAAACUUUACAAGUUCCCGAAAGAGCUUUCUUCCUUGCCGGAGCACUUGUUCCAUCUUAGAAGAGGUCCGUUGCUCGGAAGCAUUGUUGGUCAUGAAGAUGAGAGAUCUGUAUUGAGAAACUUGUUUCUAGAUGCAUCCUUUGAUCUUUCUUUGCGAAUGGUGGCUCCUCGAUGUUUAAUGCACCGUGAAGGGGGCACUUUUGAGGAGCUGCCAGCUUAUGAUCUGGCGAUGCAGUCUGAUACUGCUGUUGUCCUAGAUCAUGGGACUGAUAUCUUCAUCUGGUUGGGUGCAGAACUUGCUGCUCAAGAGGUGAAUUGUGCAGCAGCUUUAGCUGCUUGCAGAACACUGGCAGAAGAGCUUAGUGAAUCAAGGUUUCCAGCGCCUCGUAUCCUUGCAUUCAAGGAAGGGACGUCUCAAGCACGUUAUUUUGUUUCUCGUCUAAUACCCGCUCACAAGGAUCCAGCUUAUGAACAGGAAGCAAGAUUUCCGCAGCUACGGACAUUGACACCUGAGCAGAGAGCUAAGUUGAAAAGCAGCUUCAUUCACUUUGACGAUCCCAGCUUCUGUGAGUGGAUGCGCAGUCUGAAACUUGUGCCUCCCGAGCCUAGCUAAGGUGCAUUUUCAUCUUGAAUUGAACCGAAUGAUUUCUCAGAGGAACAGGCACGAGUACAUGACAUUUGCGUUUUAUUUAUUUAUUUUUUAGGAUAAUCUCCGUUUGUUACUUGGACUGAACAUACAGUAGUGUUGUGCGCUCAGACCAGUGCAUUUUGCUGGAGAAGCCAUGACCAAACGAAACUACUUAUGGUCGGCUGAAAUUGAAUAAUGAGAAUAAUUGUUGAAAAGUUUUGAUUUAUUGCUUCUGAAGUGUAUCUGAUUUUGAAUUCAUAUGUAUGUACAUCCUUGGGAUCUUUGUACUCGAAACAUGGACUUACCAUUUUCUCUCAUAAAAUAGCGGGCUUGAAUUGCAACGAAAAGAUCCCGAUGAAGACCUAUACCUAACCAUGAUGAGCUAGGCAGUUGUCAUAGUAUAGGAAGUCCAUGUGGUCGGGUUGGUUGAGCAUCUCAUAGGUCAUAAUAUUGGAAUGUUAGAGGUAGAUGAGUAGGGUCGGAGUCGGAGUUGGGUUGGAGACACUAGGAAUAUAUGAAGUAUAUAACAAUCUAAGGGAAAUAUGCAACAAAAACAUCAAGGUUAUGUCUUCAUUUCCUAUUGUUCAAGUAUUUUGUGUUCUUUAUAGGUUGUAAUCUUCUUAUCUCCUUUGAUAAGAAUAUGGUUUGUCGUCUUCUAUUCUUCCUAAAAAU